CAAACUAUACAACAAAUUCCAGCCCAUGGGUACCAGAAAUAUCUGUCAACACACCCCAGCUACCUCAAAGACAAAAGCUCAUGGAUCAUAUGCUACAGCUUUCUGAUCCCACCACUACCACCAACCGCAAA